AUGGCAAUCUCUAUUCCUUCUGGAAGCCACAAAUAUCUUUGCCAUUCCCUAGCAGAUCAGCUUAUACAAAGGGGUUUAUUUUCAUCUGCUCAGCUAGUCAUUCAAAGGAUGAUCAGCCAUUCUAUGUCUGUUGCUGAUGCCGUUUCAGUUGCUAAUUCUGCUGUUGGUCGUGGGUUGGACCUUGAUUUAAAUACCUAUGCUGUCUUAAUAAAGAAGCUGGUGAGUUUAGGGGAGCCACAAUUAGCAGAGUCGCUUUACUUGAUAGAAAUUGAAUCUCGAGGCAAUAAUGCAGACCCUUCGAUUUUGAAUUCUAUGGUAGUCUGCUCAUGUGAGUUGGGAAAGGUAGAAGAUGCAAUAAAUCAUUUUAAUAGGCUUCUUUCCUUGAAUUUUGUGCCUCAGAAAGAAGCAUGCCUUGGCAUUCUACAAAAGUGUUAUGCCCAAGAACGAUAUUUGGAUGCAUUUGAUUUAUUUCUUAGAGCCCAAUAUGCAGAAGCAGAACUGAGUUUUGAGUGCUAUAGUCUAUUAAUUGAUGGGCUAUGCCAUAAAGGGCAUUUGGAUGAGGCACUUCAAGUGUUUAAUCUGUUGCAGAACUAUCAUAAACAUCUCCCUACAGUUCAUAUAUACAAGUCACUGUUUUAUGGUCUCUACAAGGGUAGCAGAGUAUCGGAGGCAGAGUUAAUAAUUGGGGAAAUGGAAUCCCAAGGUAUAUAUAUUGACAAAACAAUGUAUACUUCUCUGGUCCGUAUGUAUUGUAGAGACAAAAGAAUGAAGGUGGCUAUGCAGGUUUUCUUUAAAAUGUUGAAGACAGGUUGUCAGCCAGAUCGAUCCAUGUGUAAUAUUUUAAUUGAUGGUUUUAUGAAGUUGAGUCUAUAUGACAAAGGCUGGUUUAUGCAUGACAGGAUGAUGGAGUGGGGAAUUAAGCCUGAUGUGGUGACUUAUCAAGUUAUAAUGGCCCAGUACUGCAAAGAAGAAAAAUUUGAUCUUGCUUUAACACUUUUCUACAAUAUGAUUAAUUCUAAAGUAGCCCCCAAUGUUCAUUGUUACACUGUUUUGUUCUCUGCGCUGUACAAGCAUAAUAAAGUGGAAGAGUUUUAUGAGUUGUACAAAACUAUGAUGGAAAGCAAUGUUAUUCCUGAUCAUGUGCUGUAUUUGAAACUUGUGAAGAUUUUGCCUGUUUGCAAGUUAGAGCUUGCCUUCACAAUUUUGCAGGCCCUUGCUAAGAAUGGAUGUGGGAUUGAUCUUAUGCUGCCUGCUUCUUCUAGUCCAAAUCCAGAUUUUGAUUUUGAGCAAGAAAUCGAACUCUUGUUGGAGAGAAUUGCGAGGAAAAACAUCAACUUAACUAUUGUAGCCUGUAGUAUUUAUAUCAAUGCCUUGUGUGAGAAAGGAGAAAUAGACAAGGCAUUAGUCCGUUUGAAAAAAUUGGAUGAUGCUGGAUACAGGCCCUUGCAUUUCUGUUACAACUCACUUAUUAAGUGUUUGAGCAAAAUGGGGCAUUUUGAGGAUGCUAACUUUGUAAUUGACCUUAUGGAAGAUCGUGGCUUGGUUCCUGAUCAAGCAACGUUCUUGAUAAUUAUAAAUGAGCUUUGUAAUCAGGGUGAUGUAGUCUCUGCAGUGAACUUCCUGGACCAAAUGGAAGAGAGAGGAAUGAAGCCCUCUGUUGCUAUUUAUGACUCGAUUAUAGGCUGUUUAGUUAGAGAAGGAAAAAUUACUGAAGCAGAAGACAUGUUUAAGAGAAUGCUUAUGUGUGGUGUAGAUCCUGAUGAGGCUGUUUAUACUACAAUGAUUUAUGGAUACUCCAUGAAUGGAAGAAUACUUGAAGCUCGAGAAUUAUUUGACAAAAUGAUAGAGAAUUCCAUCAAACCAAGUUAUCGUUCUUACACUAUUCUUAUAAGUGGAUUAGUUGAGAAGCACAUGAUUGAAGACGGGUGUAUAUACCUUGGCAAAAUGUUGGAGGAUGGUAUGGUGCCGAAUGCUGUGUUAUAUACCUCUCUUAUCUUACAUUUCAUGAAGAACAGGGAGUUUGGAGUUGCCCUUAAGUUAGUUAAUCUAGCGGGCAAAAAUGAGGUAACUUGGGAUCUUAUGAUGUGCAUGGCAUUUGUGAAUGGAGUUCGCAGAUAUAUCUCUUGUAAGAAUAACAAAGAUUACAACUUACCAAGGAAGUCUGAAUGGGGAAAAGAGAUGCUAUUAUAUUUGCUUAAUUGGAGUCCCUUUCCUGCGAUUGAAAACAGCAUAAGAGUUCCAGCCAAUUCUUCUGAUGCCCUGAAAUGGUUGGCUAGGAAGUUGAUAAAGGUUUUUAAAGGUGCUGCAAUUACGGAUAAUCUCUACCUGAACAACUGCAUAAUAUCAUGGCUUUGUAGGGAAGAAAUGAUUAAUGAUGCAUAUAACCAUUUUCAACUGAUGCAAAAGGAAGGUGUGUGCCCUAAUCAUGUGACUUAUACCAUUCUUCUUCAUGGGUAUAUUCAAUUGGAUGAUAUUGACAGUGCUGUGAGAUGUUCAACAAGAUGA